UUUUGACUUUGGAAGAGCUGUUGAAACUUGAAAACAAAAAUCAAACAUUUUACAAAGAAAAGAACCUGCUAUUUUGUUUUGUUUUGCUGUUACAAAAUGAUUCUGCAAUUGCAAUUAAUUGCUGAACUGCGUGUCUGAGAGCAAUAAUUGAAGCGAGGAAGUGGUCUAAAUGUUAUUUAAUUACUUGCCUGACCUCAUGCUGACCAUUCUGACCAAUUCAGUGUCGUUAUAGCCCACGCGUUGUUACUGUGCGUUGUUAUGAGCAAUAUGUGAGCAAUCAUGCACGGAAGUAAGUUUAUCACCAGAAUUGGCUAAGGCCGUACUGUGUGCAGUCAACCGAGGUUAGUGAUCGAUUUUACAAAAUUAGUCAUUCUGAGAUUAAGCUUCUAGUGGCUCGCAUUGUGAUAAAAUAAUCAUUGGAUAGAAGUCUGGGUGUUCAAAACAUCUAAGAACAUGUCACACAUCAGACCUCAAUGGCAGCUUCAAGCUAUAGCAGCCCAAAAGCGGGACAACGAACUCCGCCGUGCUGAAGAGCUAAAGAAGGUGGCAAGCUACUUUGAGCUUAACACAAAUAAGUCAAGACACCAUGAGCAGUGGACAACAGAGGGCUACUAUGAAAAGGCUAAUAAAGAAGCAGAGUUGUUGAGUGAAAAAAAGAUUAGGGUUGCACAACUGGAGGAGAGACGCAAGAAACUGGAACUAAUGUUAUUCCAAGAAAACAUGCAGUAUCAACAAGAGCUUAAAGCUUUGGCUGCGCAACCCAAGUACUACAAGAAUGGGUCUUAUUUAAACAAAAUUCCUACAUCAACUCUGCAACAGAUCAACCAGGGCAUCAUAGAGAAAGAGCAGCAAAUGAGAAAACAGGAAGCAGAAUUGAAACUCUAUCAUGCAUGGAGAUUGCGGCAACCAGAAUUACGAGCUGCUAGUUCUUACAUCGCGAAUGGAAAACUGAAAUCAGCUUGGAUGGAGCAAAUAGUUGAGAAAGAGAUGCAAAAGAAGAAAGAUGAGGAAGAUACCAGAAAAGUUCUACAAGAGAGAGACGAGGCUUUGCGACGUCAGAUACAAAUUGAAGAAGAAAGACUCAGGGAAAAGGAAAUUCAAAUGAAGGAACUUCGGAGCAGUUUAGAAGGUCAGAUAGCAGAAUUGGGCGACAAAGAAACGAUAGUUAAAAAACUUCGAAAGCAAGAAGAGAAAGAAAGACUGAUACUUCAAGAGCUUCAGAUUCUUUCGAGCGAAAGGGAGAGGGAACAUCUGAAGCUGAUGUCAGAAAGAGACACAACUAUAGUCAAUAUGGGCUUGCAUAAGUACAAGCUGAAAAGAAAAGUUAUUUCAGUGAUAAGUGAGAUAGAACUGGAACUUAAAAUGUUGGAUAGGUUACGGGAAAGUGUAUUGAAGGAAUAUGAAAUUGAUCGUGCCAAAUGCGUUAAUCACAAACGAGUGUUAGACGAGGUAUUACAAGAGUUAGAGGAGCAUCGAGAUAGAGAAAGACUAAGACAAAAGAAUAUCGAAGCAAUGUACGACGGCGAAGCAAGACAGAUCAAUGAAAAACAAGACAAGUUGUGGGCGAAAGAACGCGAAGCCCGAGGCAUUCUGAUGAAAGAGGUUAUAGACACCCUCAAGAGACAAGUGGAGGAAAAAAUUGAAGCCAAUAUUCAUCUGCAAAAGGCCAAUGUCUUGGAACGGGAGGAAAUACUCCAGCAAAUGGACAACUUCCACCAGGAAGUGCGUGCUAGAGAGAGAGAAACACAGCUAAAAAAUACGCAAUACUCAACUAUAACAGCGCUUCAGUCACAACUCAAUGGACUGCGUGUACAGAAGGAAAAGAUGGAGGAGGUUGCGAGCAAGGAGGCGGAGUUGAGAUCCGCAGCCGCCCACGAACGUCUUCUACGCGGCGAAAUCGCUCGCGCUCAAAGGGAGGGGAAUACUCAAGCUUGGGCUUAGACUAGGCCAGAUCACCUCGUAUAACAUUUUUUUACCUAUUCGAUCGUGUGAAGGUUAACAACGAUAAGUAUGAAAUUUAUAGAGCGCCAUCUUGCUACAAUCCUAGGAAACUAUAUUGUCACUAGAUGGCGAUCUUUCGACUCCAUACAAAUCGUAGUAAACUUUCCCACGAUCGAAUAGGUAAACGAUGGUAGAAAAUUUUAUACUAGGCACUCAGACGAGCGGAGUUGUUAGCCGAGUAAUUUUGAUCGCGUAGUUUCGGAUGCUUUCGGUUUUAUAUAAAAGUCCGAAACUACUCAAUAGAACUCGAAAUGACUUACGUGCUAUAACUACGACCAGUGGGUCAGUCAGUUGCUGAUGUACACUGCUAUAACAAGUGAUACGCGAGUAUGUGCUCGAUGAAUUUAAUGUGUGUGUUUGUUAGCUUGUUUUGUUUGUUUUCGUGUUUUGGCUUUCCGGCUCAUCAUAUUUUAGCGAAAUUAUUCAUAGAGAUAUCCUGCGGACGGACGUAGGAUACUUUUUAUCCCGAGAACCUUUAUAAGUCCUGCAGAAUUUAACAAAAAAACUUGUUGGCCAUAAUUUUCAAUAAUCAUCAUCAUCAACCCAUUACUGUCCACUACAGGGCACGGGUCUCUCAAAAUGAGAAGAAUUUAAGGCGAUUACGCCUUACCACGCUGGCCAAGUGCCUACCCAAAUGAUUGGUAGACUUCACACGCUCUUUAAUAAUUCUUAUUUAGGUUUCCGGACGAUGUUAUAACAUUUACAGUAAAAACGCACAUAACCCCAAAAGCUGUGGGGAGUGCUGGAGAACGACCUCGGUCCCUCGGGGAAGCCGAAGCCUUACCCACUAGGCUAUCACCGUUAUAUAUGUGAUAUAUAAAAGAUAUUAUUAUGAAAUUCAAAGAGGUUGUUUAAUUAAGGUAUGUGUUGACUAUAGUGAAAAUUCGCUGAUAUUAACGAAAUCCAAGUCAUUAUUGAUUCAAAUGGCUGAAUUAUCUGAAUCCUACUAGAUGAAUUAAUAUCAAAAUCAUAAUAUGACUAAUGAAAUAUCAUCGCACUUUUAAAUAUCAAAAAUAAGACUGGCAGAACUUUGGCACUGAUUUAAAUUAUAAAGUAUGAUAUACUUAUCCUUUGUAUAAUAUGAGGGCAUAUAAUAUUAGAUAGGCGACGAGUUUAAAGGCAAUGGACUGUACUUCACAAUUUAAAUCUGUACUCUUGGUGAUGCGAAAUGAUAGAUAGAAGGCAUUUACUCAUUAAUGAGUGACAAAAUGCAUAAAUAAAGUAAAAUGAAUUUUAAUAAAUAUUUAACUAUGUAUAUAUUAAGAACCUUUACAUAUUAAGGAAACAAAUGAGUUUGUUGUGUGCUGUGUUCCUAUUCCAAUGUGAGGAAAUAAAAGUGAUAUUUUUUAAA